UUUUGGCGGCGGUGCCGCGCGGCUGCUGCUGCAGAGACGCGCGCGGCGCCGUGGCGGAGGGACCGAUGGCCGCCUACAGCCUCCCGCCCUCCGCCAUGCAGCAGCAACAGCAGCAUCAGCAGCACGAGCCGCCGUACCGGCACGCGCACGCGCACGGUCUGCUGAUGCACAGCGACUUCAGCGUCGGCGGUGGGCACGCGCUGAGCCAGGCGCACCAGUGGCUGACGGCGGCGCUGGCGGCACACGGGGACGCGUGGCCGAGCGGAGAGCGCGAGGUCAAGCCGACAGUGCAGAGCGCGCGCGAGGAGAGCGGAGGAGUUGGCGGCAACGGCGCGAGCGGCGGGAACAACAGCGCGAGCGGCAACAACAGCAACAGCAGCAGCAGCGGCGGCGCGAGCGGUACCAACAACACCAACAACAGCGCGAGCGGCAACACCAGCACGAGCGGCAGCUUGCAGCAGCAACAGCUCGUGCAUCACGGCAACAGCAGCGACGCGUGGAGGACGAGCGCGAACGGGCACGAGCUCGUGUACUCGCAGCCCGGGUUCGCCAUGCACGAGCACCAGCACGAGCACCAGCAACAGCAGCAGCAACACGAGCAACAGCAGCACGACCAUCACCACCACCAUCACCAUCAUCAUCACCAGCAGCAGCAUCAGCAACAGCACGAGCACGAGGACCAUCAGCACGCGCAUCUCCACCACCACACGCUCCAACACCAGCUCGAGCCCGGCGGCGGCGGCGGCGGAGGGGGCGGUGGGAGUGGAGGUGUCUCGGAUGAGGACGCGCCCACCUCCGACGACCUGGAGCAGUUUGCGCGCCAGUUCAAGCAGCGGCGCAUCAAGCUGGGCUUCACGCAGGCGGACGUGGGGCUCGCGCUCGGCACGCUCUACGGCAACGUGUUCUCGCAGACGACCAUCUGCCGCUUCGAGGCGCUGCAGCUCAGCUUCAAGAACAUGUGCAAGCUCAAGCCGCUGCUGGGCAAGUGGCUCGAGGAGGCGGACUGCGGCGCGAGCGGCCCCGCGGGCCUCGACAAGCUCGCCGCGCACGGCCGCAAGCGCAAGAAGCGCACGAGCAUCGAGGUGAGCGUCAAGGGCGCGCUCGAGAGCCACUUCCUCAAGUGCCCCAAACCCGCGGCCGCCGAGAUCACGAGCCUCGCGGAUAGCCUGCGCCUCGAGAAGGAGGUGGUGCGCGUGUGGUUCUGCAACCGCAGACAGAAAGAGAAGCGCAUGACCCCGCCCGUGGGGGGCCAGUGAGGACCAAACAAACAGACAAACAAACAGAGAGAGACAGACAUGCAGACAAACAAACUUACAUUCAGAGGGAAAGAGGGAGAGACAGACAUGCAGACAAACAUCCACACAAACAAACAAACUUACAAACAGUGAAGAGGGACCGACAUGCAGACAAACAUCCACACAAAUAAACAAACAGAAAGAGACAGGCAUGCAGACAAACAGACUAACAGAGAGAGACAGACAUGCACACAAAAAUGAACUUACAAACAGAGAGAGACAAACAUGCACACAAACAAACAAACUUACAUACAGACAGGAAAAACAGACAUAAAAACAAACUGACAUAAACAUAAAACUGACAUACAGAAUGACAGACAAACAAAUAGGCAGGCAAACAGACAGACACAAAGACAGACAAACAAAUCAAACUUACAAACAAAGAGAUAGACAGACAAAUAGACUGAAAAACAUGCAGCUAAACAAGCAAACAGACCCAAGACAGAAUGACAAACAAACAGGCAGACAGACAAAACAGACAUACAAACAAACUGACAAAAACAGACAAACAGGCAGACAGACAAAAAGACAUGAAGACAAACAAAGCAAACUUAAAGAGAGACAGACACAUAGACACACAAACACAGAUAAACAGGUAAACAGAGAAAAAACACAGACAGACAAACAAUAAGCCAGACAGACAAACAAUAAGCCAGACAGACAAACAAACUGGCAGACAGACAGAAAAACAGACAAAUCAACAGGCAUAGAGAAAAACAAAUGGACAAACAAACAUACAGGCCAGAUCAAAGGAGAGAAAACUUUGGGAAUAAUAGAACACAGCCGUGCACAGGUGGACACAGCGCUUGUUUUCUCCCUCUAAAGCACUGAUGUGGUUUGGUUGGUUUGGUGCGGAGAACAUGCGGACAGAAGGACAGAGCGCACAGAGGAGGAGGGAAAGAACAAAAACAAAAGGUGCGUUUACUGGAAACUGCAAACUGCUGCCACUGGCACCCGGGCUUACAGCAGCACAGGACUGCAUUAUUAUUUUUAUUAUUAUUAUUAUUAUUAUUUGGGUUCUGGUUUCUCUGUGGUUUCAUAUUUUUAUAUUUUAAUCUCAGACUGGACAAUUUUUUAAAAGUAUUUUAGAUUAAUUAUUAGUGUAAUAAUGAGGAGAGCCAAAAAAUCUAGAUUAAUUAAAGAUUAAUAAUUAAAUUAAAAAGGAGGAAUAAUCAAUACUUUAAACUGCUGUGUGUGUAAUGGUUAAGCAGGAGGAUUUUGUUUAUUUGCUUUUAUUAUUUUUUUUAUUUAACUGAAAUUGACAUUUUAUUUUCUUUAGUUUCAUUAUACUUAUUUUUUUUUAUUAUUAUUGUUCUAUAAUACUGCUUGAUUUUUUUGUUUCUUUUUAAUUACAAACAUAUGAUUUUACUUUAUUUUGUUUUUAUAAUGUCCAGUCUUUAUUCAGCAGGGUAUUUUAUUUCAUUAAAAGAAAGGUAAGCAAUUUUAAAACGUUUCAAACUUCAAAUCUAUUCCUGUUGUUAUUAUUAUUUGGUAUUAUGACUUAUUAUGUUGCUGUUUUUUAAUAUUUUGUAGCUGUGCACUAAAGCCCCCAACUCAGCACUGUUUAUACUGCUCCAAUUAAAUUAUAUUAAAUAUUUCUGCUUUAAACUCUCAA